AUGGUAGAUAUUAAAUAUUCAUUGAUUAAUCUAAAUCAUUUCUGGUUUUCACUGUUAAUAUUAAUAAUAUACGUCCAAAAUUAUCAAUGUUUCAAAAUUUCGAAGAAUAUAUAUAAAGAUAUCGCAGUAGAGGAUUACAACUACUUAAAGGAGAGAUGUAAUAUUAACCCUGAAGGACUUAGUAUAUUAGGUCAUUUUAAAUCUACAAAAAAUCCGAAAUAUACCAUAUUGUUUCUGCAUGCAUAUGCCAAUCCUAGAUCUUUAUUGGUCAGAUUAUCUAAAAAAUUUUUUGUACGAAUGGGAAGACACAUAAAUCAUUAUGAUUUGGAUUUUAGUAAUGAUAUGCAAUUUAUAGCUAUAGAUUGGCUUCCUUUAUUUUCAUCUAUUUAUAAUAAGCUGGGAAAUAAUGUUAUGAAUACUUUGAUAUCAGGAAAUGCUCCUAUUAAUUUAUAUUUAAAAAUAAUUAUUUCAGUUGCAGCAUUUAUUAAUAAUUUAUAUAGACGUGGUAUUAUUAAUUCUUUAGAAUUAACGGGUAUCUAUGGUAACUGUGUAGGUGGCAUCAUAGCACUUGGAGUAACUUUUUCUAUAAUGAAACCUCUUGCAGUAACAGUGGUGAAUGGAGCAACAUUGUUUUUGCCAAAUAUCUUGUUUACUAGAUUAUCUAGGAAAUCGAAUACAUCUACACGUAUUUUGCUAAUUCAUGGCCAAGAUGAUAAGGUAAUCACUCCAAUUUAUGCUGAGAAUACGUAUUAUACACUAUUAAACUGGAAUGUAAAUGUUGAAAUCUUAAAAGUAGAAGGAGAUCAUAUAUCAGUUAUGAUUAAACACUUAUAUACUGGAUUUAGGUAUAUUGCAUCUGUUUUACUAGACCGACCUGAAAUAUAUCGUCCAGAUGAUACUUAUAACGAAGAAUUAAUGAAACUGACAAAGCAAUCAAUUAAAAGGGAAGAUAUUACAUUAAUUGUACCUCCUAAGAAAUUAGAUGGAGAUACUUUCAAUAUAAGAAAUUAA